AGUGGGGGCAUGCCUCGUAGUCGCUGUCCUUGCCCUCGGUCGACCACCAAUUACUGUCACUCCAACUGACGAUCCUUACAGUCCAUCUUCAUCAUGAGUGCUGGGUUCCGCAUCUCUCCAGCCCUCUGGGAAAGAAUCCACUACUUUGCAUCCUUCCCUCAGACCGGAGUCUCUCUCCAGCAGAUGGUCUUGUUUGGACAGCAUCCAAGCCAGGGCACCCUCCUCAAAGCAAGCCAAUUCCUAUCCGAGGAGCUUCCCGUCCGUCUCGCACAUCGCGUGAAGGAACUCGACGCCUUGCCUUGCAAUUUGAGUGACAUGCCCUCCAUCCGCAAGGUCAAGAAUUGGUAUGCACAGAGCUUCGAGGAACUCAUCAGCUUUCCACCGCUAGCACUCUCUCCGUCAGCGCGUCAAUCUCUAAACGCCCACUUAAACUCCUCCCCAUCUCCCUCCGAGACUACUGCAAUGGGUCACUCCCAUGACCUGUUCCUCCCUCCCAGCACUCCAAAUCCAGCACUUUCACACGAACAGAUGGACGCGGACGAUAUGGGCACAUGGGCUUUCGGUGGCGGUGAGGCCAACGGUCCAUACGGGGAAGGUGUCCCUUAUAGGCAGGCGGAGAGGGUAGACGGAACUCCAAAGGGAGCCGCAGGCAGUUGGAAAAAUGGAAGCGGCACCGCCGUUAGAAACGGCGGAAUCAGGCUGAGGGCCCCAAUCGAAAGAAGAUAUUACGCGCACACUCCUUCCCACAUCUACCCUCCAGAAGUUCACGAUUACAACGCCCGGUUCACGCGAGCACUCGAAGCCAUCAAACGUAGGCAUGAUCCGACCGUCGCGACCGUUGCACAAGGUGUGCUAGAGUGGCAGCGCACAAGAGGUAUCAAGUCAGGGUCAGGAGUGGGCAUCGGCGAGGCAGGCGCUACGAAUGGAGGCGGGGUGGUCCAGGCGUGGUUGGACAGAUUCUAUAUGUCCAGAAUCGGCAUUCGUUUCUUGAUUGGGCAACACGUCGCACUGAACACUCAGCAACCCCAUAAGGACUAUGUCGGGAUCAUAUGCACACAAGCAAACGUACACGAUAUCGUGCAGGAAGCAAUCGAAAACGCACGAUACGUCUGCGAGGAGCACUAUGCCCUACUGCGGGGACCACCCGUACAGCUUAUAUGUCCACGUAACCUGACGUUUGCACACGUCCCCGGCCACUUGUCGCAUAUUGUUUUUGAGCUUCUCAAGAACUCUCUGCGUGCCGUGGUAGAGAGGUUUGGGGCAGAUGCUGAGGACAGAGGGGUUGGGUAUCCCCCCAUCAAGGUAAUUGUUGUUGAGGGUGGCGAGGAUAUUACGAUCAAGAUUUCGGAUGAGGGCGGUGGGAUACCGAGAAGAGCCGUCCCACUCGUGUGGACCUAUAUGUACACGACCAUGGGUGGCCAGAGUAUCGACCCAGAUUACCAUGCAGGAGACUUCCAGGCACCAAUGGCUGGAUUCGGGUACGGACUGCCGCUUUCGAGAUUGUAUGCUCGUUAUUUUGGUGGCGACUUACGCCUGAUCUCGAUGGACGGGUUUGGGACAGAUGUUUACAUUCAUCUGAACAAAUUAUCAAGUAGUUGUGAACCCUUGCCAUAAGGGUAAAUGGUUCUCCGCUGCUUUGCUCCACUUCCGACCACCGUGAGGAUCCAGCAUUUACCCAAACUCGUGCAUUGCUUCCCCCCACCCAAGUAGUUGUACUACUAGUGAGUUUGACCUUUCUUCCCAUCUGCGGGAUUGGGAAGAGAGGAGUGUGGUGGUGGGGGUGAGUUCCGCGACCUUCCAGCAAUUGUAUAUAUGAGCUAUUGUAUGGUAGUGGUCUAACACCUUUGUGAUACCAUUUGUUAAUUAAAUGUAUAGCUAUUAGCUGAGCAAAAUAAACUUGCUUCGACGAAGAG